CAUUUACAACAUUUAAGUAAUUCAUAAUAAAACAUUCCUAAAAGAAAUUUCAAUUAUAAUAAUAUUGAUGAUAAUGGCAAUAACAGUGAAUCACCUAUAUGGCCCAUAUUGCAAGAAAUAUUGUUCAGUCUUUAAGAGAAUAAAGGCCCAGUUUAAAAGAUGCCAGACCAAUUUUAAAUGUCCUGAUUUAAAAGCCACUAAGCUGAGAAUUAUAUACCAUAAUAAUAUAAAUAUUAGUAAAACAUACUAACCCAGGUGCGUCUGACUGAGAGACCAGAUUGACAAGACCAUUAGCGACAAUGCAAUUGUAUUCGAUAGAGGGGCUGCUAUAUUCCUUAAGGGUUACAAUAGUAAUCCAGUACUUUUGAAAAAGGGUGUGUCAAGUCACAGAAACAAUUAUACUGGAGAACUUGUCAGCAUAAAAAUAGCGCUGACAUCCUUAGUCUCACUGGGGCUAAAGAAAAGGAUGAUGAAAAUAUUUACAGACUGCCAGAGCAUUCACACAGCUUUCACUUGCACUAGGUACCUACAAAAAAAACAUUGAAACUGUACUUGACAUAAAAUCACAUCUGUCCAAUAUUGAUAAAAACAAGAACAAUUUGCAAGUGCACUGGAUACUGGGAAACAAAAACAUCAGGCAAAAAGAUAGAGCUUGUUGACCUUCAUUCAGAAAUAGGAGCAAAGGAUGCUGCAAACUUCUGACAGGAAUUUGAUGACAAAUUUGAUGGAAUUCCAAAAAAAAAAAUCUGCUUCCAUACACGACAUUUCAAUUGAACCUGGAAAAAGGGUUUGAGUCAGGCAGAAACAACAGAAAAUAAUCAUUUAAUUAAUCAGCCACUGAGUGAACAUACACACCUCAGAGAUCACAGGGCCAAAAUCAUUACUCAACAUAACAGACAACUGCUGUGACACAUGUAAAAUCCAAGAAACAUCAACACAAUUUAUCCUCCAAUACCUUAAGUACUUAGACACAAGAACCAGGCUAUAACUGAGUGAGGGCAGGGACAAUUUUUUGGUCGGCACGAUGUUUCGUGCUCAGACUCAGUCAUCAUGAUAGGAGUACUGACAAGGGAAGUGCAAAACAUUUGAACUGAAGCUAAGCAAGAAAUAGUCACUUCAUCCUGUGAUCACCUGCAUGAAACAAACAGACUAAAACACUUAUAAUGAAAACCAUUACCAACUUUCCGUUUUUGCACUAAAAGUAAAGAAUUAAAAAUGUACACAGAGAAAGAAGCACCCAGACAGUAAUGCACCAGUCAAUUGUAACCAAGGCCCCCCCAGGUCCGGGGGUAUACCGGGGAUAGCCGGGGAAAAGGGCCGUGUUUUUACUUUCCAGGUGCCCCCGCAGGGCCAGGUGACCACGGUGGUUUUGUCAUAGCGCCAAAUUGAGCGGAGAUUGGGCCUUAUAUAGUCCAAAUAAUUGUACGUUGACUGAUUUUUUUAAAUUUUUGAUAUGGCAAAUCCUUCACAUACAAAUUGUUUAGUAUCAAAAGUGGGUAGUUGUUCCGAUCAGGAUUCCGGGUUAAAGCAUAUAGCGUCUAUAAAAUAUCAUAAAAACAAGAAAUAUUACCAGAUAAUGUUAUUUUAUAUUAGUUCCAUAUACAAAAAAUAAAUACCUAACUUAUAAUUAUGAGUUUGAGGGCUUUUCUUCAUUUCAUUCUGUCAAAACAUAACAAUAUAUACAUGAAGGGCACCUACAAGGUUUCUGGGCACAGUUUUAAAUCGCUCGGAACAUUUCGGCAAUUGUUCCCCUUCGCAUAAUUGUUGUUUGUGUUAGUCAACUUUCGUUUUAUUGGAAAGGUAAACAACUUGUUUUUAUGCAUUAAAUGCUUGUUUAGUGCAAAAUAAUAUUUCACUUACAUGGUAAAAUAUGAAUAUUACUCUUUAUGAUCAAUUUCAACAAUAAAAUACUUCACUUAAAACAAUUUCAAUAUUUUCAAAACACCCCAGUUUUUUGCACAUUCCCAUUUAGACGUUAGGGAUUGGAAGAAUCCCAUAUAACAUGUCUAUUAUUUUAGACUAAGGCCUUAUAUAGAGUCUCUGGGGUGCGGGGGCAUUUGGCCGGGGUUUAACCAUCAGUUUGUCCCCGCAGGAGGGGGAUUUUACCCGGGGUUGGCUGGACCGAAAGUCAAAGCCCCGGCUAUUCCCCAAACCUGGGGGGGCCGUGGUUACAAUUGACUCAGGUGCAUAACGUAGACGUAACAAUGAUUGCAGUCCACAGCACAUCCAGAUCAUAGGCGACAACAAUGCCAUUAUUCGUUAUACUACAAGCAUCAUGGAAUGAGACUAGAUGGCUACAGCAAUGUCUGUUGAGAUGUCGAAUGAAGACUGGCUGGUAAUGCGUGCUCGGGGCUGCUUCAAGACAGACCCAUAUGCUGCCAAAGCCUGGAUGCUGACGGCUCAAUCCCUCUUCCCACACAGUUUCAACAUUCAGUUUGAGGCAUACAGUUUGGAAAAACUUGGUAAAAAUUCAAAGGAAGCAGCCAAACUUUUGGAGGGCUUGUAUUCAUCCUUCCCUGAAGACAGACGUCUAUGGUCAGAAGUCCACAGCAUCCUAGAAGCUCUUCAGAAUGAGAGUGGGGACGCUGGAAACACAUUCCUUACUGAGGUUCUUGCUGCUAUACCAGCCCAGGUUCAGUGCCAGAUGUUGUUAUCAGUGGCGGAGAGGAUAACGGACAAACUGGAACAAUGUCGACUGUUACUGCUGGUCCUCAGGAAGUUUCCGGCACUUGUAAAGGAACAUGGGUUGAAGCUGGUGGACAGUCUCCUGGCCGCGGAGAGUUUUGCAAAGUUCCAGUCACCAGUCAACUGCUACAGGAAACUUCUAGUCUGUGAUGUUCUGCCCCUGGUUCUACAGAAGGGCAGUGGGGUCAAGAUGAAGUCCUCUAACCUGUAUCUAUGGUUACAGAAAAGUGUGGAGUUCUACAUUAGCUUCAUCACCACGCCCCCUUCAGCAUCAGAACCUGCCACACCCCUUUCCCCAGACCUCCUUUCGCCUACAAAGACAAGCAGACGGGCCAAGAUACCAGGUUUACAGGACCGGGAGGCAGUAAUUCCUGACCCCUGGGCCAGCCUGUACAAACUUCUCUACCUAAUUGGACACAAGCAGGGAUGGGCACUGGAAAAGGACUUCUAUGAGAAAUCAAGGGAAUACCAGUGGCAGCACAUACUUGGUGUGUUUAACCGAGCGGGCCAGGGGGGAGACACCUGGUCCCAGCAGAUCCUAUACACAACCACUGUACUCUUCCUGGAGUGUCUCUAUCAUUACAUCUGCAGUGUUGACCCUGAUGCCUUCCACACAACAAGUAAUGCCAAUUCGGUACCACUUGUUAUUAUAGAGGGAUUUAAGUCAGAACAAGCCAGUUCCCCAACACAACCAGCCGUGAAGCGGUUAAAGGCGGAAUCUCUUCUCCCACAAGUCCAUGCCAUAGAUACGGUUCCCUGCUCACAGCGGGUUAUACAGAAUUUUCUUACAGCUUUCAAGUGUUAUGAGCUGCUCAACUCGUCAUCAGAACUUCAAAGGGAGUUCGUUGUGCUUUGCACUAACUGGCGUAUGGAGACGUGGAGCUGGAUGGGACACUUCCAGACGGACAUGUUUCUGUACCAGGGGGCCUUCCAGGAUGCUGUUAGACACCUACAGAACUACUCCAUAGGCUCAAAAACAAAACUGCAGAUCAGGCAUUCCUUACAGCUUGCAUGCUGUUAUUACUGCCUCAGCAAUUAUUCAAAAGCCUGUGAGCUGAUACUAGAUGUUAUAUCUGCUCUUCCAUCCUCCCCACCCGAACCAUCAGACACUCCGAGUACAGGGAACCAGUAUACAUUUGGCUCAGGUCGGCACCUUGUGCUGGCUCCCUGCUCUGAACUACAGAUGAUACCUUACUGUAUUCAGAUGCUAAUCACCUGUUUUAAGGAGAAAGCGUUUGCUGGGAAGUCAGAUGCACUGCUGGGUCACAUGUUAGUUUUACUGCAAUUUGAUUGGCCGGUAAACGAAGAACUCUUCGCACAGAUUGUGAAGAAGAUACAAAAGCAGGGCUCAUUCACAUAUACUCAGUUCUUCAACUAUAUGAUCAAUGUUGAUAUGUUGGAGGAGUUUUGCUUGCUGAAGACCAUGGAGGGAGGCAAUGUGAAUCUAGAUGUUUUACCCAUAUCAACUUCCACAAUAGCUCAACAGCGGACAGUGACUCGAGGUGUGAAUAAAGGAGUUACGGAAGAUUUCAAGGUUAUGAUGGAAAAGCAGGUCCGGCGAAGCGAGGAGUCGGUGGAAGACUUAGUCAGACAGUUCCUUGCAAACGAACGUGCUAUGUUGUUGUCUUCGCUUGUUUGAUUAAAUAUAAUAUGAUUAAAAAUAUGUAGUUAUGGCUUCAGGCCCCAAACAGCUUGUUUGAUUGAUAAUAAUGCAGUACAUUUAAUUGAUAAAUACCAUUAACUUCUUGACUAAAAAAAUCCUUGGUGCUAUGUAAAGACAAUGCUUGAGAAAAAAGAAAUGUAUGGGAAAUUCUUUGGACAGUUCCUAACAGUUUCAGUACUUCUUGGAAAGUUCCUAACAGUUGCUGUUAUCGUCAGACAGUUGCUGUAAUAGCCAGACAGUUCCUAAUAGUUGCUUUAAUCGCCAAACAGUGCUAUAAUAUUGGACAGUUCCUAACAGUUGCUGUUAUGUCGGACGGUUACGAACAUUUGCUACAAUUCUCGUCAGUUCCUUACAGAUGAAUUAUACGUUUGAUACUGUAACUGAACAACUCAUGCAAUGGAAGCUACUGGGACAAACCAAUAGACUAGAACUGCAAGUGACAAUCAAGAUAUAUAAAAUUUGUUUAAAUAUAAACAAGUCGUUUAUCAAUAAAUGCUGGGAUUAAAAGUUGAAUCAAUUUA